AUGAACAAUGUUUUGGUGAUCACAUCUAUUAUUUAUUUGACUAUUGUUUUUCUGAUGAUGUCAGUGUUUUCUUUUAAUGGUUUCUUUUUCAGGCCUUAUUUGGACUGGGGUUUGUUUAAAGAAUAAUUACAUUUGUGAUUUAGCAGCAUUUACUGUCGUUUUUAUGAUCAAAAUACAAUGGUGCAAGGACAAGUGAUAUAUAGAACAAUUUGACACUGUAAUGUUGGCUGGGAGCACUUCCUUCAGUCUUCAGUUAAGGGCAGACCUUUGCAGUUAGCACUUCUAUGUUCUCUAAUUAGGAUGUGGCUCUGGGUUGCAGCUUUGUGCUUUCUUGCUCCAUAUAGCCAUGCAGACCCCAGUCCUUGUUCAAAAUACCAAGUCCUUUUUAACAGUUCAUGUUAUGAAUUUGUCAGACUUGAGCGCAACUUUCACAGUGCUCAGAAAUGGUGUGAAAGAGGUGGUGGGCACCUGACCUUCAUUGAUAACCAGGAAACGCAGGAAUUUCUGGGAACCUAUUUAUCUGAGGAUCGGGAAUGGUGGAUUGGACUUAUUUACACCCCAGUUAACGACUCUGGUCAAGGAUUUAUGACCUGGCUGGACGCAUCCAAUUUGACUUUUUCAUACUGGCAUAAUGGAGAUCCCCCUGAGACUGAGAAAAAAUGUGGUUACUUAAGGAGACAGAGUGGUUAUCACUGGAGCACUACUGACAACUGCAGACAAGAAUUAUUUUUCAUCUGUCAAUUUGAGUUCGGUCAUACAAUAUCCUGUGAGAACCAAAAUGCAACACUACAGUGUGGCUCAGGGGAAGUUGUCCAGAUUAGCGACAGUUAUUAUGGCCGCAGGAGCCCUCAUUUUUGUACUCAGGAAGAGCACUCACAGAUCACAAGUGGCUGUAGCUGGACUAAUGUGAAGGACCUAGUGGCAGCUCAAUGCCAAGGACUUCAGGCCUGUCAGAUUACAACAGAUUCUUCCUUAUUUGGAACACCUUGUCCAACCUCUGGCAGUUAUUUAUCCAUUGAUUACAAUUGUAUAGAAGGCUUGCAGAUUGAGUUACCAGAUAAAUGCCUAGUGGGUGAAAAUAUGACACUUACAGUGAAUUGGCUCUUAUCACCUUACACUGGGAAUCUCUCUUGUAUAAUAAGUAUUGAAGAUGGGUAUUCAAUUGAUCCCUACCAGCCUAUAAACGUGUCAAGUACUGUAACUCACAGCUUCACAUUACCCGGGGAAUUUGCUGUGUUUGUGGAAUGCUCAACUAGUGAAUGGCAUGUAACAGCUCAGAAGACUAUCACCGUAGAGGAACAUAGGGCUGUUCUCAAUAUAACUGGCUGUUAUAGCAAGUUUGGAUCCAAAAAUGGAGUCUGUAGUACGUAUUAUGGAGAGACUCUGUGGAUUCAAGUAGAGAUAAGCACAGGUGGAGAGGUCAACUACACUCUUUUAUCCAAUAACAUAAUACUGAGUCAGUUCAGAGCAAAGACGGAAGAUCUUACUUACAAUCUAACUCUAGACAGAGUAGCUCAGAACCUUAUGGGGCCAGGAUUGCACAGAUUAAUGAUUAUGGCUUCCAGUAAUGAGAUACCAUUCAUCACACCAGGCAACAUUACUGUCCAUUUAAUAGAACCCGUUUCUGGUUUGUUGGCUGAAUUAUGCAACUUUGUUUUGGAAGUGGGUACAGAGCUGAAGAUAAAUUUGUCCAUUGCUUAUGGAGCACCAGUAAACCUAAUGUUUAAUAUCAUUGAUGUCAAUAAAACCUUCAGCUACACAAGGGAAAAUUCAUCAGGUGAACAACAAAUCUACACUAUUCCAGUUGAAGCAGAAGGUACCUAUAUGGUUACAGUUGUAGCUUUCAAUUCCUUCUCCAACUUCAGCAAGAAUCUUGGAAACAUUACAGUUUUAAACAGUGCCUAUAACAAUACAGGGCUCCAAGACACUGAAGGAAAAAAUGAAAAUGUUACGGUCAUUGUGAAGAGAACACAGGCUUUUCGAAUAGAACCAUCAAGAUAUGUGAAUCCCUUCACCAGCAUUGUCCUUCACUGGCCUGACAGUGUGGGCUCCAAUAUCAGCUGGACUUGUGGGUCUUGUUGGCCAGGAUGGUUUGAAUGUGUGGAACAGAACCUGAUUGACCCCCUUUCAGAGAAUAUCCUGAUCCCUGCCAAUUGUCUUCCUCCUCCCAACACUGCCUUCACUGUAUUGGCUACUGACAGAGCCAGUGAAAAGGAAAUAUUACAAGAUGAGCAGUGCUUAUAUGUAACAGCAAAAUCCACUCUUCCCAUCAAAAUCAGUUGCAAAGCAAACUGUAAGGAGAUUAGCCUGGAUGAGGACAUGGUGUUCAGUGCUACUUGUGACAACAAGGCAACAUUCAGCUGGUAUCUUGAUACUAACUUCCCAAAAAUGACACUUUCACCACCUGACGCCUGCCAACAUCGUGAUUUUAGACAAAGUUCCCUGGUACUAUUACAAAAGAACACUUCUACCUUGGUACUGAAUAGUACCUUUCUGAAGACCCAAACCAAUACUGCCUUCAGAAUUAAGCUUAUAGCAAUGAAUUCACAAGAGUAUGGAGAGGAUACGUUAGUUGUGAGUACUGUGCCUCCCCCAGAGGUACCCAGAUGCACUAUACAUCCAGAGGAAGGGUCAGUGCUGAGCACUUUCCAAAUCUCCUGUCGUGCUCCCUGUGCUUCAACAAAUUCUUGCAUCGGGGAUGAGCAAGUCACUCUAACUUACUGCAUCUACCCCAAGCCUAACUCCCAGCUCUACUGUGGCCCAGAUUCUGAGUUGCCAUCAAUUUUUCUGCCAAUGGGAGAAAAAGAAAAUGAUUUUAUUUUAAAUCUCACUGUUACUGUUAGUAACAUGUAUGGUACUUCAGUAAAUACAACUCUGAAGGUUAAGGUCAGACAAGAUGAGAUAAACACUAAUAGUCAGACCCUGGUGUCUUUGGUGUCUGAGAAGUCAGCAAACAUUUUAAAGGGAGAUGGUGUUGGCUCCUCUCUGAUCCAGCUCUAUAAAUCUGUAUCCUCUGUCUUAAACCAGAAAAUUCCUGAGGAUAGUGACAGUAAUCCCCUGCAGACAGAAGAAAAGAAAGAGUUACGAGAAGUGAUGCUUACAGCGCUCUCUGCUGUCAAUAUCACAUCCUUGCACACAGCCCUUGAGAUGUCCGAGGUGCUGAAUGACCUUACAACCAGGAAUGAGGAGCUCUCUGCUUCUGCCCAGGUGGAAGCUAGCAGCGCUCUGAAAGGUAUCAGUGAGUCCUUACUGACUGUGAGGAGUGAACCAGAGGAGACAAGGAAGGAGGCAGUACAGCAUUUAUUUAAUGCUGUGAGCAAUGUAUUGGAAGCCACGGCACUGGAUAGCAGCAGAAUGGCCCCCGAUAUGGCUGCACAGAGCGCAGUCUCACUCCACUUACUGGGUGCAGUUGAAAACUUGCAGAGCGCUCUACUAAUGGGUAAACUGCCAGAUAAUGAGCCUACCAUUCUAACAGCACCCUCAGCUUCAAUGUACAUAAACAGGAUGAAGCCUGGCCACUUGCAGGGAACUUCUGUGAAUAUUAAGGAUCCCAGCACAGCUGCGUUCACCCUACCGUCUCUCUCCUCUCUCAGCAUCCCUAUUGGAAAUGAGGAUGCUGUGGAUCUACGGAUGGUGAGCUUCUUGGUCAAUCCUUUCUCUUCCAGUAACACCUUUGACAUCAGUGGAUCAGUGGGAGGCCUAAGUCUCACCAGUCCCGAUGGCUCAGUCAUCCCUGUUAAAGACCUCACUGAGCAUAUAGAGAUCAUUUUGCCAAGAUUUUCUGAGCUUGAAGAUGAGAAGAGUAUAUUAAGUCUGGUGAAUUUCACAUCUCUUCUCAUAAAUGUGACAUCUUCUGUUAAUUCCCUUGUGGUUCAUUUAGAACCCAGUGAAGAAAUCCCUUUGGUGCUCUACCUGGGGUAUGAAUAUCAACCUAAUGAAACCAAUUAUGACAUAACUACCCAUCUGCCUAGCAAAAUGUACAACAGAGAAAAUAUAUAUUCUUGGGUAAUUGGUCCAGAGGAGCUGCUUUUUGGGGAGGGCACCUACUACUUGAUUGUGAGAUCAGAGCUUGAAGACCUGACCCCAAAUGACAAUUUGACCAUAGUCGUCACUUGUUUUAGUACUCAAUGUAUGUUUUGGGAUGAGGCUAAUCAGGACUGGAAUAGUACUGGCUGCCAUGUGGGACCCAAAACCACUCCUAGCAGCACCCAAUGCCUCUGCAAUCAUCUCACCUUUUUUGGAAGCUCCUUUAUAGUGAUGCCCAAUGCAGUUGAUGUCAGCAGAACAGUGGAACUCUUUGCUACUUUUGUGGAUAACCCUGUGGUGGUCACUACAGUUGGCUGUAUCGCUCUUGUAUACGUCUUAGUGAUGAUCUGGGCCAGAAGAAAAGAUAUUCAAGACAAUGCAAAGGUGAAAAUUAUAGCUUUGGAGGACAAUGACCCAUUUGCCCAGUAUCGUUACCUUGUUACUGUUUUCACUGGUCAUCGCAGAGGAGCUGCAACAACAUCAAAGGUAACUAUCACGUUAUAUGGUUCUGAUGGGGAGAGUGAUCCUCACCAUCUUUCUGAUCCAGAGGGACCAGUGUUUGAGAGGGGAGGUGAAGAUAUUUUCUUACUCACAACACUUUUCCCACUGGGCGACGUGCAGACCAUUAGACUUUGGCAUGAUAACUCUGGAGACAAACCAUCUUGGUACGUGAACAGAGUGUUAGUCCAUGAUAUGGAGCUAGACCAAAAAUGGUAUUUCCUGUGUAACUCUUGGCUGUCCAUUGAAGUUGGAGACUGUGUACUUGAUAAAGUGUUCAGUGUUGCAACAGAGGAGGAUAUGAAACAAUUUAGCAAUCUAUUUUUCAUGAAGACUUCAAAAGGAUUUAGGGACGGGCAUAUUUGGUAUUCUGUUUUCAGUCGCUCUCCCAGAAGCUCUUUCACUCGAGUGCAGAGAGUGUCCUGUUGCUUCUCUUUGCUACUUUGCACCAUGCUGACUAGUAUUAUGUUCUGGGGAGUACCGACUGAUCCAGCUGAACAGAAAAUGGACAUGGGUAAGAUCGAAUUCACCUGGCAGGAAGUAAUGAUUGGAUUUGAAAGCUCACUUCUCAUGUUUCCCAUCAACCUCCUGAUAGUUCAGAUAUUCAGAAAUAUUCGGCCAAAGCCAGCAAAGAAACCAGCAGAAAAAAAGGAAAGAACCUUUAUGUCUGAAACUAUUAAAAAGUCUCCUUCCUCCCAAGAGAUCACCAGUGCCUCUCUCACCCCAGAGGCUGUGAUGAAGGAUAUUAGGAGAAUUGCAAGUUCCCUGUCUAAAACCCAGAAAAUACCCCUUCCAGAUGUGGAUCUUAGAAAAUCGACAGAUAUAAACAAACUCUUAUCGCUAGUGGAAGACAUAAUUCGCCAACAAAACAGAGCUGGACAAGAGUUCUAUGAUGAGAGCAAGAAGGAGAGAUCUCUUAUACUCAGCCUGGGGUCUGUAGACUGGCAAGAGGAAUUAAGGAGCCCAACACCAGAAAAGAGUUUGAGAGAAAAGCCAAGGUUCAGUGAUCAGAACCGUUACUUGUACCUGCAGCUACAGCAUGUAGAGAAGAAGUUGGAAUUCCUUGGACCUUAUCAGUUUCAGAACCCUCAGUGUUACAGCCGUGCUGUUUCCCAAGUGCAGCAUAUGAAAGGAAUCCUGGAGAAUCAGCUAUGUUCAUCAGGCGCUGCUAGUGAAGUAUGCUCAUCAUCAGCCAGUCUUUCUGAGGAUGGAAAGAAGAACACAAGAGGGCUACCUUGGUGGUUUGUUUUUAUAGGUUGGCUCCUUGUAGCUGCCACCAGUGGUGUAUCUGCAUUCUUUACUAUGUUGUAUGGGUUACAUUAUGGAAAAGACAGCUCAAUCAAGUGGCUGAUCUCAAUGGCAAUCUCAUUUUUUGAGAGUCUCUUCAUCACCCAGCCUUUAAAGGUGUUGGGCUUUGCUGCAUUUUUUGCCUUAGUUUUAAAGAAAGUGGAACCAGAAGAUGAAGAAGAGACCACUAUUAAUGGAAACUUAUCUACUCCUGGAGACCCAAAUCCACUACUGGGCUCUCGCAGAGACAGCAACAUCUACCAGCCUCCUCCUCCUACAGAUAUCACCAAGAUGAAGAACAAUUAUAUGAAGGAGCAGAAAGUGUUUGCCUUAAUUCGAGAAAUAUUGGCCUACCUGGGGUUCUUAUGGAUGCUCUUGCUCGUGGCCUAUGGACAGAGAGACCCAAAUUCUUAUUACCUCAAUAAACACAUUGAAAGCAGUUUUACAGAUGGCUUUGAAGAUUUGUGCAGCUACCAAGAAUUCUUUACAUGGGCAAACACAACUCUUAUCAACAAUUUAUAUGGAAGCCAUCCAGGGUUUAUAACUGAUGGCAAUUCUAAGCUUGUUGGUGGUGCCAGAAUGCGUCAGAUCAGGAUUAAGAAGGAUUCUUGUCCAGUAGCUUCCGUACUGCAAAGCACAAUUGACAACUGCCGAGCACCAUACUCUCUUGAUGCUGAGGAAAUGGGCCACUAUGAUGGGAGUUGGAAUUUUUCAGCUAUCACCAAUGCAACUGAUGUAAACUCACCAUGGUAUUAUCAAAACCAUUCCAAACUCCGGGGACACCCAACAUGGGGAAAACUGGCAACAUAUAGAGGAGGUGGCUAUGUGGCAGAUUUAGGAAAUGAGCGAAAAUAUGCACACAGAGUUCUGCAGGAUCUGUUCAGCAAUAUCUGGCUGGACUCUUAUACUCGAGCUGUCUUUGUGGAAUUCACUGUUUAUAACGCCAACGUGAAUCUCUUUUGCAUUGUCAAACUUAUGUUCGAAACAAAUGCAUUAGGAACAUUUUUCACACGUGCAAAUCUUCAGAGUGUCCGUCUUUAUCCUUUCACUGAUGGGCUACAUAUCUUUGUCGUAGCAGCGGAAGUUAUUUAUUUCCUUUUUGUCAUUUACUACAUGGUAGUGCAGGGGAAGCGCAUGAAGGCAGAGAAAUGGGGUUACUUCAGGAGCAAAUGGAACCUGCUGGAAUUGGCGCUAAUUAUUAUCAGUUGGAGUGCCCUCUCUGUGUAUGUAAAAAGAACAAUCCUUGGGACAAGAGAUCUACGCUAUUAUCAAGAACACAAGAAUGAGUUUGUAAGUUUUAAUGAAACAGCAGCUGCGGAUGCUGCAUUGGGCUAUCUGAUUGCCUUUUUAGUGUUGUUAUCAACCAUUAAGUUGUGGCAUCUCUUGAGAUUGAACCCAAAACUUAACAUGAUUACAGCAACUCUCCGGAGGGCCUGGGGGGACAUAUCUGGAUUUAUUACCGUCAUUGUCAUCAUGUUCCUGGCCUAUUCUAUAGCUUGUAACUUGAUAUUCGGCUGGAAGCUUAACUCUUAUAAAACAGUUUUUGAUUCAGCCAAGACCAUGGUCAGCCUUCAGCUGGGUAUCUUUAACUAUGAAGAGGUACUAGACUACAAUCCAGUAUUGGGCUCAUUUCUAGUUGGAUCAUGCAUCAUAUUUAUGACAUUUGUUGUACUGAAUCUGUUCAUUUCAGUCAUCCUUGUAGCAUUCAGUGAAGAACAGAAGCAUCACCAGGCAUCAGACGAGGAAGAGAUUGUUGAACUCUUGCUAUGGAAAAUCUGCAGCUUUCUUGGUCUCAGACAUAAAAAGGAAGAAGCAAGUGCCAUGGAGAAUGUUUCAAAGGCCUCUCCUAAUGCCCAGGAUAACUGAAGAAUAUUAUUGUGCAUAUCAGAUCUUAUAUUAUUGCUUAUCCAUUCUUAGAAGCUUCAGUUAGUUGUAACAUAUUUUACAUUAUGUGUAUGGUGCUGUUGCUUUUUAUAUAAUGGACUAUUUAAGAAACAAACUAUGCUGAUUAGUCUCAAUGUAACUUAAUGUAAACAAAAUAUGAUCAAAAUAUAUUUCAAAGAUUACUGCAUGGCCAUCCAGAAUUAAAUAUAAGAAUCAGGAAUUACGUGGUCUUCCACGUAAGCCCUGUUUAUUUUGCAAAGGUUGUCAUAGGUGUACGUUCCAAUAUUGUAAAAUUGUUCAGCGAUGCACAUGCUAGUAGCGCUAUAGCAAUAAAGUUAUGCAUACGUGUACACAAAUAUACAGAUGUACAUUGACAAGCACUGUAGUUGUAAUAAACCAUGACUAUGGUUCAGAAAGUUGAUUGUUGUAAGGCACAGCAGUUUAAUAUACAGUACAGGUAUUGUAUUUACCUGUGAGGUAACAAGCAGUUGUCAGAAUGUUAACUGCCAGAAUAAUUUAAUCUUUUGAUGUUUGGGUUUUGAUUUUUAUUCCAAGAAUAGUUUAGGGCCAGAGUCACACAUCGCACAUGGUCAAUUUCUCUCCUCUGUGUUUCGUAGGCAAGCAGACAGAAAUGGAUCCACUCUUAUUCUCUCCUUUGUGUAUCUCCACUGGCAGGCACAGCGUCAACCAAAGUGCAGCUACACAGAGCAGCAAUCAGCCCAAAAAUGUGGAAGCAAAGGAGGAACCUAAAUAAAUAUUUAGUUCUGGGGAGCAAUAUAUUUUUUAACAGACUCUAUGAAGCCUAAAGGUUAUAUUCAUUAAAAGCAAGGUGUUACUAGUAUAAAUAAACCCUAGCAAUCCAGAUAUAUGGAAAAAUGUACCCCGUAUUGUAAAAUAUAAAUAUAUUAGACGUCACAUAGGAAUUCCUUGAUCAUAUACACAGGUCCAUAUAUUAUAGGACCAUUUUACAUGACAUAGGUCAUGAAACUCAAAGGUGAUUCUAAUGACUUUAGAUAAAAGGGUUCAUAUAUUUUUUAUAACACACAAGUUUCAGUAAGUUAUGUGACACAAAUUACAUCACUUAGAGCCUAUUAUAAGGAUAUAAUUUAUAGAUUACAUGGCUCAUGUGUAUUAUAUAGUGAUUAAAUUACCCCCCCCCAUUGUAAAAUAUAAGGAUAGACUUCUAAUAUCUAUAUAUUAUGCAAAAGAGAGUAGUUUAUUUAUUAUAAAACAGGAAUACAAUAAAUAUAGGAAUUACACCAAUAAGCUCUGUUUAUAACUGAUGGCAUCACUAAGCACAGUUCAUAAGGAGACAAUUUACAGGAUAUUCAUGGCUCUUUUGUUUUUACUAGUAUGACUAAACCAUAGCAACCAAAUAGCAGCCACAUUUCCAAGCCUGAGAGAUUCAGAAUUAAAGUAAGUAAUUCAAAAAACUCAAAAAAUAAAAUAUGUGACUACUUGCUAAUUUACGUGAAGUAGAAAAAGUUAUUCUUUUACAAACCUCCUGACAAAGCACUAAUGAGCAUAAAACAGAAAAAGCCAGGUGUUAGUGGUAUUUCUAUGCUUGUUUUUUAUGAUGCAAGAACAUUUUGUGCAGUCAAUACAUUAUUUAAGUCUGCUGCACUUUUUAGAAUCUAUCAGGGGAAUGAAGGUGACAAGGCGUUUGGUUUGGUUGGUGAUUGCAGGCUACCUAGCAUAGCAUGGUAAUCCUGUUUUUAUUUAUCAUUUUCAAAUAAAAAAUCUCUGUUAUGAGGCAAAUCACAAACAAGGCAUGCCUCCUGUUCAAAGUCA